AAGCGGAUGCGGAGGAGGGGGCGGCCACCCGCGCGCGCGCGUCGGAGGGGUAGUGAUGUCGCGAGGAACCGGCGCAGGGAAGAGAGGCUACAACGGAAGAAUACACGUGUGAGCCAGUUGAAGACCUGCGAUACUUAUGCAGAAGAUAAGCAGCACUAACAGAUGAGUAAAAAGUGAUGCACUAGGCUGGACUUCCGGUUGCUAAUUUCGUCCUUGCAUUUUUGCUCACAUAUCCCUGGUUUGCUCAGCCACCCCCACCGGAUAAGCAGCUUUUUUGGACCCUCGGAGUCUAGAAGACCAGAACCAAUGACAGGAUGGGAAACAUGGACCCUUCUCCUGGCCCUUCUCCUAAGGAGGGGUUGGGGACAAAACAACGAGGAGAGGGGAACAUGGAGAGAGAACACAGUGGUCAACUUCUCCAGCAUUUUGUCCUCAGGAAAUAAUCUCUCCAAUUGUUGGACCUGUCAUCCCCACCCACAAGAGGGGGUUCCUCAGCUCCAGAUUGUGCCUGUAGAUGAGGAUGUUAAUCUCACCCUGACUUCUGAACCAGUUAGGAACACGCCGCUUCUAAUAGUGAAUCUUGAAGAUCAUGAGGAAAUGGGGUGUGUAGAACUUACAGACCCUUGGAAUCAAACGGGUCUCUGGAUCAAGCGGCCCUUUCUCUGCACAGGGCAAGGAAAACCCUGUUGCCCCUGCCAGACAGAUGCCUGCCUUAUUGAUGCGGGAAGCUCGUUGUCUAUUUAUCCGAUGUCAUUUUCCACGUUAAGCUCCUCUUGCACUCCUAACCAGACUCACUGGUGUGUGGACCCAUCUCUGCUCUCCCCAGGCACCCAGCCCAACACGUCUUGUACGCACUGGAAAGGAACAGCAGCCCCGGCCUGGAGGCUCACCUAUCAGACCCCCUCUGCCUUCAGCGACGAGGAGGAAAUAGAGGAAAACUCAGAACUAGAUGGGGGAUCACUAGACGGAGGGCCUUUGUCCCCUAGAUGCAGUAAUGCCCCUCGCUGGGGUGCCCUUUUACGUCGAUGGUUUAAUUCUACUUCACCCCGCCAAGCUUGCACCCCUGCCGGAUAUCUAUUCCUCUGUGGUCCACCGCAGAAUAAACUACCCUUUGAAGGGAGCCCAAAUUCCUCCUUCUCCUGGCCUCUCCGAGCAAUGGCCUACCCCUGCUUAGACAAUGUUCACUUCCGAGGAGAAUGCACUUUGGGCCGAUUGGGCGCUGAAGGACUAAGCACCACUGCAUACAGUAAUGCCACCUCUCAAAACAGACAUAACUGGGCACUCAGACUAGUCCUGGCAGGAAUUGGGGUGGCCAUAGGUCUGGCUGCCCCUUGGGGAGUUUCACCUAUCAUGAAACAAUCUUAAGAAACCUCACACAGGCCAUUGAAAACCUGGUCUCAAAAAACGGUGAUGGGAAUUGUCUGGUGGUCCAGUGGUCAGGACUCCAUGCUUUCACUGCCAAAGGUGCGGGUUCAAUCCCUGGUCAGGGAACUAAGAUCCUGCAAGAUAUGCCUGGUGCAGCCAAAAAAAAAAAACAGCAACUGGUGAUGCCUUUAAGGGGUCUCCAAGAGUCCCCAGAUCCUUAGCCAAUGUUGUGUUUGACAAUAACCCUGGGUCAUCUUCUGGAUGAACAAGGGGGUGUCUGUGCAGUGAUUAACAAAACUUGUGGAACAUGCAUCAACAACUCAGAGGAAGUUGAAGUAAAUACUCAGGAAAUUUAUGAACAAGUUAAAUGGCUACAUGGGUUCAGCUGCCCCACUGCCCAAACUAUAUGGGACACAGUCAAAGGUUUCAUCUUGUUACAUUCCUUGGUUUCUGCCUCUUCUGGGCCCUCUAGUGGUGGUAGUUCUUUUGUUAUUCAGAGCCUGCCUGUUUACUCUUUAGUUAGAUUUGUGUCUUCCAUGCUUCAACAGUUCCAAGUGAGGCUCCUGAUGGCCCAAGGAUUUAAACACAUUCCUAGGAGGUGACCCUGGUCCCUAUAGGUCUUUGAAACAGUCAGCGAGGAACUUCUACACCUCUCGGCUAGGCUAGGGUCUCAAGCAGAAAGAAGUUCCAGGAGAAGAGACAUUCGGCUCCUUGACCCUUAAGAACAAAGUGUGUAAAAUCCCUCAAAGGAAAAUGAGAUCAGCUGGGAUCUUGGGUCAUCUGCCAGGACACUUGCCCCAGGACAGUGCCUCCUUGAAAAACAGGAAGCUGGCAUCCUUAGACUGACCAAGGGGUGAAGCUUCCUUAAACAUGGUGCUGAAGGCCAUAAGUUAACCACAAGUGAUUAAAAACAACCUCACGCCCAUGCAGUAGGGCGAUGUUGACCACUACACACCCUUCCUGGUGGCGGUAGUUGGCAAUCUGCCAUUUUGAAGUGCUAAUGCAGAAAGCAAAAAACUUGCACAAUUCACGUAUAUGGCACUGCCAAGGAGGAUGGACAGACCACCUGAGCCAUGCCCCCUGCCUGGACUGCAGAUCCAUUCCCACCGUCACCCCAUCUAAGGACCCAGGGAGCUCUUUGUGAAGGAGCAGGUGGGCAAGGACACCUGAUUCUUGCCUUUGUUCCCUUGAGCUGCAGUGUGAGCCCCCAUAAAACCUUGGAAAUUCUCAUCUGGCCUCUUGUCAAUUUCUAUUGAUUAAAGAGUCCAAGGGCCCAGGGCAGUAGCACUGGGAAGAUAAAUGACAGCAAAGUGCUAAUGCCAAGAUGAGGAAGGAAAGUUCUAAAGAACUGCAGUCCCAUAGAGGUGGGGAGGUAGCGACAGGAUGAAAGUAUUUCUCUUUAUUAAGGCAGUUCCGACUCUUUUGCUUCCCAGGCAGGUUUGACUGGGAUGUAACUGCAAGUCAGUGAAUAUUCAGAUUUUCAGAUCUGCAGUGCAUGGUUACUGUGUGAUCUGUUCCAAUUGCUGUUUUGUGAUUUGGGUGCUAUGUGAAAGGAAGCUUGCAGUCAUUCGACCAUAUGUGUGCAGCAUGUCCAUGCAGACACAUGAACUUUUUAUUUAAUCAUAACAGUUAAAAUAUUUAUAUUAAUGAUGUGGGCUGAAGGGCUUACAAGGAGACACAGAAUGGCACAUAGGAGACAGCAUGACUUCUGCACACUCUCUGCUGAAGAGUCAUUGGCAGAACAAUGGCAGUGUCAACUGAGAACACCAUCUGGGGGAGCAUUUAGACACGACCAGGGGGCACGGUGGCCACAGGCUGUUGCCCAUGGAUGGACAGCUACUCAUCUACAGGGACUUUUCUGCACUUCCCACCCCCAUCCCACCUCCUUUAAUGUUCCUGCCAUUCCCCUUAGCAAUGCAUCUGCGGGGCUUAUUCAGGAUAUGACUUUGGGUUAGCAGGCCUGGAAAGGAAAGAUAAGUAUUAAGGCCUCAUCAGUAAUUUUCCAGAGUGCCAACCCCCUCCCACCAAAACACGCACAUGAAAAUCCUCAAGACAGAAAUGACUCCUGUUUGACACGUGGUGAGAGUUCCAGGAAAGGCCGCAGAAGCUCCUGAUCAUUAAACCUGUGGAAGGUCACAGUACACAGAAAUGGUGCCAAUAUGAUGAUGAAAGUUGUCAUUUAUUGAACACCUGCUGGAUAUUAAGGUCACACUACUGAGAAAUGGCCAAAGUGGGGAUCUUAUCUGCAAGAUACCCUCUCAGCCGCCUCUACCCCACCCUCCUGCCCCAUCUCCAGGAAUCACUGAACAGGAGGAGCUCAGGAAAGCAGAUUGGAAUAAUGAGAGGAUUCUGCAGAUGUUUCGAGUGGCCCCUGGAAAAUGUGAUGGUAACCAGCUACGAGGGAAGUAUAGACUCUGACAGCAACUUGACCUGGACCAACGUAAAGUGAUUCAUUUAUCCUCAGAACAAUUGAGGUGAAAUGAUCGCCAUGCAACGUCCCAGGGGACCCUCAACCUCUCCCUGAAGCUUCCCCACCUGGCCCCUGGGGCUCAGCUGUGGGUUCCAGUCAUUUGUGAGGACACAGCUACUACAUGAGGGCAGUCUUCAUCAUGAAACCCAGCCCAACCAUAGGCUGCCUCAGGUUCUCUCCUGCAACUCCAGACUGUCAUAAAAUACAUGGGGACUUCCCUGGUGGUCCAAUGGUUAAAAUGUGCUUCUACUUUCCACAGCAAGGGGCAUGGGUUUGAUCCCUGGUCAGGGAACUAAGAUCCCAGAAACUGUGGUGCAGCCAAAAAAAAAAAAUUUCUCUCCUAGUUUUGAUGAAAUCCCAAAUUACAAAUGAUAUCUUACCAUUCUUUAUAUCACAGGAAGCAAAAAAAAAAAAAAAAGCAAAUUAGUUAACUAUAAAUGGGCAUGAACCAUCUUAGUGGAGUGGUGGCAAUGCUCUAACUUCUAGAUUGUGGUGAUGAUUACACAGCUAAAAGUCACUGAACUGUACACUUGAACUAGAUGAAUUGCAGCAUGUGAAUUAUAUCUCAAUAAAGUUACUCCCACACGCCAAAUUCAUUGCAGUACACUGUAUGACCACAGAGUGUCAGCCAAGACAAACGUGAAGGACUUUCCGAUAAACCUAUCUCCAAAGAGAACAUCACCGACCACACUGACUGUGGCUGCCGCUCACCACAAAAAUUCCUGUGUCCUGGGCCUCAGAGGUUUGAAGUUACCAAGCACUAGAGUCAGGUAGCAGGAAUAAGGAAAUAUUUUCAAAUAUUUGCUUAUGCAAAUCUAUAGUGAUCGUAGCUAUCAAAUCAUUUAACCCAUAAUGUUUGCUGAAGCUGAAACUCCAAUACUUUGGCCACCUGAUACGAAGAACUGACUCAUUGGUAAAGAUCCUGAUGCUGGGAAAGAUUAAAGGCAGGAGGAGAAGGGGACAACAGAGGAUGAAAUGGUUGUAUGGCAUCACCGACUCAAUGGACAUGAGUUUGAACAAGCUCCAGGAAUUGGUGAAGGACCGGGAAGACUGGCGUGCUAUAGUCCAUGGGGUUCCAAAAAGUUGGACACCACUGAGCGACUGAACUGAACUGAUAUGCAAUUAAGUUAAAAAAAAAAAAAACUCACACCACAAUAAUCUUCAAUAAGCAAACUAGAAAUUCAGUCCUACUGGAAAUAUUAAAGUCCUUUAAAACUGG